UUCUGACCAAAGGGCAAAUUAUUGCCUUCAAAACUUGAUCUUAUGACAUUAAAAAAGCAUCCAAAAGAAAAUUGUGAGCUUAGAUAUAGUGUAAUGGAGUUGACAGAGGUUAUGAGCAAAAUAAUGAUGGAGAGGAGGGUAUCGUGCUCUUGUUAAAAGGGCUCAAUGAAACUCGAAAAUAUGUAUUUAAAUACUUUGAAUUAAUUCUAGACAAACCAGCAACAAUUCUUCUGCGGCUAUGAAUGGUACAAUGGAACCAGCACACACUGGAGCGCGUUCUGGUUCACAUCACCAUCACCAUCAUAAGCCAAGGAAUUACAAGCUUGUGGUCGAUCCUUGCUUGGUUAAAGGUGCUUCUAAGCUUUAUCGGUAUGAUGGUAGUGUUCCAAAUGACCCAACUUACCCACCUGUUCAAGUUCGUGAUCCUAGAUCACAACUUACGAGGAUAUGGACAAGACUUGAACCUCUUGACAUUCCAGUUCCAAGAUUUAAGAUCGACUCUUAUUAUGUUGGUGAACCACCUCCAUUGGAAGUCACGAUUUGUAAUCUGAAUGACAAUAUUGACAAAUGUUUCCUCUCAGAUAUGGUUCAAAAAUUUGGGCCAUUUGAAGAACUAUUCAUAUACUAUCAUCCUGUUACCAAUAAACAUCUUGGAUUAGCACGUGUUGUAUUUGAGUCUAUCAAAUCUGCAAAGAAUUGCGUUGAAAAGCUGAACAAUACAUCUGUAAUGGGGAAAGUUCUCAGAGUUUUCUUGGAUCCUUUUGGUGAGGAAUGUCGGAAGAUGUUUCAAGAGAAAACUCAAGAGAAGAAGGUGGAGUCUGUUCAGCCAGUUGGACUAGAACAUGAUGAAUCUUCAUCAGGUGCUACAGACAAAGAAGACGGAUCACGUCGACCAGUGCUGCCUCAACCUGCAUUGCGGAAGGGUACCACUCCCCUCUCAGAGGACUUAGAAGGGAGAACGUGGCCUGAAAAGGACAUAGUUGCAUUGAAGAAAGAACAUCCAUAUGGGAGUAUUUCUUCUGUAGGUCAUGAGUAUCCGGACCACCGUUACCCACCACCUCGCCGAGGUGAAUUUGCUACCCCUAGUUCCAGUACUAGUGACUAUGGAACCGGUCAGAGUGACACAUACUCAGAACGUAAUUAUUCAGCAAAUGCAGUGAACAAAGAAUCUUCAUACGCAGGCAGUGCUGGAUAUCACAGUGCGGCUAGCUCUAAUCAUUCAACUCCAAUUGCCUACGAGUAUCAUAAUCAUUAUCCGCCUACUCCACAUUUGACACAUUCUGGUCAUUAUCCUCCUCCCCACGGCAUCCCAACACACAUGCCCCCACCCUCCUUGCACCCACAUUCCCUUCCUCCCCCACUUCAUUCUUCCUCCACACAGUGGCAGCAAGCAGCAUGGUCAGACUCUCAAUCUCAUGUGCCAACAUGGGAGCAGUCACAAACUCGAGCUACUGCCUUGAGACAAAUACCAGUGCAUACAGGAUCAGGUACUGUGACAACUUUACCACCUGCAAAUGCUACACCAACUUGGACUCCUAUAUCAGGGGAGGGACGUGGCAUAGUUUUCUCUCCUGAACGACCUGCAGGGAAGAAAGAAAGCAAAAGUGCUAAUGCAAGCAGUAAAUCAACAACUUCUCACAAAAGUGAAAAUGCAAGUCCUGAAGUUCCUAAAAUGUUGGAUUUGGAUACUAGAAUAGAAAUGUUACUUAAAGGAAAAGGAACAGGAGGCAUGACCCCAUCGUUUUUAAGAAUGGGUAUUAGCUCGGACUCCGAUGAGGACUCCAAAAAGAGUAAAAGUAAGGUGUCAUCUCGACGAUCUUCAAGUGGUUCUUCAAAGCAUGGAAGUUCACGUCAUCGGAGACGAAACUCAUCUCGGAGGUCAGAGAAGAGGUCACGAUCAAGGACUCCCAGCAGUUCUGAAGCAGAGGACUCGCUUCCGCCACCUCCAACAACAGGGCCACUCUCCAUCCCUUUGCCUCCCACAGUGGAUGAAGAUCCACUUCCUCCACCACCUCCAGAAAAUGAUGAUCCAGAAGAACCAUUAUCUGUUCCUCCAUCUCCGUUCUUGUCAGAGGAACUAUAUCUUCAAUGCCAUAGAAUGGCAAUAGAACAGUCCAAGAAAGCUCGUGAGAAGGAGAAGCAAGAAACCUUAGGACUUCUGGAAAGUGUGAACAUGACAAAACAUGUGGAGAAUGAUGAUCUUGGUAGUAUAAUUAGUAGUAGCGAAGAUGAAACAUUGACUGCUGAACCACCAAAGGCUGAAGACGGUUUCAGUAGCCCAAAGAAAGAAAGCAGUAAUGAGGAGACAGAUUUGGGUCCUCCAGGUUCAUCUUCAAAAAGCAAGAUGCCCAUAUCCAUGCUAUCAGACCUUCCCCCUGGGGUAGAUCCAAUGGAUCAUCAUCAGGAUUUGGCAAGCCGGCGCUCCACCCCAUUGCAGGAUGAAAAUGAUGAUCGCAUGUCAUUGUCCAGUCUUAGUUCUACGGGGGAGAAAAUUGAAGUUGCGAAUCAGCCUCCCACGUCUACUACAGCCAGCUCGAGUGUGCCGGUCACAAUGUAUCCUCCUCCACCAUAUGGUACAACUCCUUGUCUUCCUCCUACGAUGGCAAUUCCUCCUCCGACAUAUGCUCACACGCAUCCUCCACCACAUCCCUCAUAUUACCCACAUCAUAUUCAUCCACCUCCUCACAUACAUGCACCAGGCAUUGACAUUUAUUGGACUCGAGCAACAGCUGUGCUUCCUCCUUUCCCUCCCAUUUAUUUACCCCCACCAGGAUUUCUCCAUAGCUCACACUUCCCUCACAGCAUUACACACCUACAUGGUCAUCACUUUCCAUAUCCUCCUGGAGCAACGCGAACCAUUCAUCUUCCUCAUCCUGGUUUGCAUCUGCGGCUUCCACCUCCAGGACAUGUGCAUGUGGGUUCAGAUCCACAAGCUCCCACAAUUACUGCUGUGCUUGAAAGGGUCAUCAAAGAACUGAAACAGAUUCUCAAACGUGAUUUUGACAAGAAAAUGAUUGAGAAUACUGCAUUCAAAUCAUUUGAGAAUUGGUGGGAUGAUCAAGAAAGGAAGUCCAAGGGCAAAACCAGUGUCAUAGAGAGUGGGGAGGGUGUGUCUGCUGUGACACCUGAAAAAGCUCCAGGCAAACAGGAUUCUCUGAGUAGUCUUUUGGACACUGGUCGUGAUGGCCUGGACUCAAUGGGAUUGGGUAGUUAUGGUCUUGGCUUCAAGAUGGCAAUACCCAAGAUGCCAUCAUUCAGGCGCAAGAAACCACCAUCUCCCUUACCUACUGAUGAGGAUUCUCGAAGAGAAUUGGUAGAAAGUGACCAAGAAGAAAUGGUACAAGCUUCCGACUCAGAGACUCAGCCUGAUUUGAGAAGCCCUGCAUAUAAAUCAUCAGCAAGAUCUUCAAAGUCAUCUUCGUCAUCAUCUUCAUCUUCGUCUUCAUCUUCAUCAUCAGACAGUGAAAGUAGCAAGUCUUCUGUAUCUGGAUCUUCUUCCUCUUCAUCCUCAUCUUCAAGCUCGGAGAGUUCAUCUAGUGAGAGUAGUUCAGAUAGUGAAGAUGAAGGGGAAAGUUCACCUCAUAGACGUAAACAACAUGCUGCUGCCACUGCUGCUGCACCUACUGCUACUACUACUGCUGCCUCUCUGAUGGAUCUUGACAUUGAUGAAUUAGAAAUGAUUGAUUCUAGGGCACAUACACCAGAUGGAAGUGUAACUCCUAUUCCGGAUGAGAAGGCCACUGACUUUGAAGCACCUGGUGAAGAUGCUGACAAUGAAGAUGAAGGUGAAACGGUAACUGAAGUUAGAAAGCCAAUCAUGUUGGAUCAUGAUCAGGAGGAACUCAGUCCAUGGGAAAGCCCUCUGCCGUCUCCCAUCCGGAUCCGAGAGCCAGUGCUCCGACCUCCAACUCCUCCUCAGCCUGUUCAUCCUGAAGAAACUCACAGUGAGAAUUCUGCAGUAGAGGCUCUAAUGGCUCUAGCUGGUGGUGAAACUCCGCACAAAACUACUGCACCAGAACGGUCUUCACCAAGUGCUGCAUUGACUGCAGAUGGUGCAGUGAGUUCAGAUGAAGAGUCUCUUGCAGUGCGUCAGAAAAAGAGAGACUCAUUGACAGUAGUCAAAAACAAUUUAUUAGAUGAUAGAACUAUGUCAUUAAAAGUGCAGAAUAGGACAACUACAGCUGUGAAUGGUGAAUUAGUGCAAGAAGAUCUUCUAAAGAAACUUGUGGAAGAAGAGAAAUUGGCAAUUGAGGGUAGGGACAAACGAGAGGGUUCACCAUUGCCGCAAAUUACUAUGGAGCAUUCAUACAGCCUCCCACCUAAGACGAAAGACAUUACAGAAACUCCAACAAAGCAGGAGAGCGGUAGUGGUGUUCUGCCAUCACCAGCUGCAAAACGGAAAGCAAACAUGGUGUCUAGUGACGAUUUUGGCUUUAAUCAUGAUUAUGCUUUUAAUUCUCAGCGACCAUCCACUCCCCCCACCCCACUUACACCGAAGAUUGAGAAUGAGGUGUUACAAAUGCCUAAAGCAAAGAAGCCACGGCGACGGUAUGAUGAUGUUCUUCACUCUCCGUCUGCUGCUCCAAAAAUUGCACAGGAAACAACUAAACCUAUUGUGUUCCCCAAAAGAGACCUUAUGGCAGAAAUGACUGUGCUUUAUGAAUUCUUGACAAGAGGCAUUGAUGCAGAAGAUAUAACUUACCUAAGGAAGAGUUAUGAAGCAUUAUUGGCUGAUGAUGCCCAAGGCUACUGGCUGAAUGAUACUCAUUGGGUUGACCAUCCAGUGACUGACAUUGCAUCUCCUGCCAAGAAGAGAAAACGAGAUGACACCCGAUUACAUAAAACAGGUAGUGCAAGAACAGAAGGCUUCUACAAAAUAGAUGUGAAGGAGAAAAUGAAACAUAAGCAUCACUUUGGACAGACAAUACAGCAGCAAGGUCAGCAAGAAAAGGCUAUCGAGGUUACUCGACUUGGUGCAGGCAAGAUGCAAGCCUUGUCUCGGGAAGCUCGCAGCAAUCAAAGACGCUUGUUGACAGCAUAUGGUACAGACACUGAUAGUGAUCUCUUGAAGUUUAACCAAUUAAAGUUCCGCAAAAAACAAUUGAAGUUUGCUAAAUCAGCUAUUCAUGACUGGGGCCUAUUUGCUAUGGAACCAAUUGCUGCGGAUGAGAUGGUUAUUGAGUAUGUGGGACAAAUGGUUCGACCUGUUGUGGCUGAUUUGCGAGAACGCCAUUAUGAAGCACGAGGAAUUGGUAGUUCAUAUCUAUUUCGUAUUGAUGUGGAUACUAUAAUUGAUGCUACUAAAUGUGGAAAUCUAGCCAGGUUUAUCAACCACAGCUGUAAUCCUAAUUGCUAUGCGAAAAUUAUUACAAUUGAAGGUCAGAAGUGAAUGAGGAAAUUACCUAUGACUACAAAUUCCCAAUUGAGGACGAAAAAAUACCUUGCCUCUGUGGGAACGCGCAGUGUCGAGGCACUUUAAACUAAGGUACAGCGUAUACGUGUGGUGUAAAAUCUUUUGCAAAAUUGGCUCACUGAGAGACCAAAUGGGGUGGGGCAAGGGGAUUCUGGUGCUCUACCACCCUACCAGGUACUCUACUGAAGUGAAUUAAAUGUGUUAAAAGUAAUUUUUUACAGGAUUUUUCAGUUCUACAAGAAAGAAUGUGAAGGAUGUGAAAUGAGAAUUUUUGUAAAAUGAAUUAAUUAGGUGCAAUCUCAAGCCAGAAGACUCCCAAGGAAAUAAGUCUGUUAUGGGAGCCAUAAGUAGGAGGGCGGUUUAUAAGAAUGCAACAUUAGUGAAACAUUUGAGUGUAAUGCUUUCCAAUAUUCUUUCCUUAGCCUGACUUGUAGAUAUUUGUUAGAAUGAUAAGACUGUACUGUAUUGUACAUGUAGAUUUGCUCCAGGGCACCUUCCUUGCACUGUAUCUGUAAAGCUGUUUCUUUGUUGCAUUCUUGCUAACUGUGGCUCCUGUAACUUUCAUGUUUCAUAAAAUCUGAUUAAAGAAGAGCUGCCAUAUUUGAUGAUCUGUAUUUAUUGUCAUUUUAAUCCUUUAAAUUGUAUAUUAAUUUCAUCAUUUAUACAUUUGUUAAAUUUUCUGGACCAAACAUGAUCCAUGUUUGAAUGUAAUUGUAUGUGCAUUCUGUGUACAGAAUAACAACGAUUCAGUUAUGGAAGAAGUAGCAGUGUACCAGAUGCAGUAGUAGGACAGAGUAAUAGCAUCAUAGAAAAAUUUUUCAUGUACAAAUGUUGGUAUGACAGUAGGAAGUAAAACUCCUGAAAGGGUUUUCUUAUCAAAUACUGUUGUGGGUUGCUUUCUAUUUUGGGUACCCAAUUUAUGUCUGCUUCAAGCUGUUUGAGUCGCAUAAGUUUUGAAUGCAUUUUAAUGCCUGUCAGACAGACAGACCUGUUCACUCUACAGAUUUUUCAAUGGACUAGGAUUAGCUCGCAAUAUUGAUUAUUUUCAAGAAUGUUUCAAGUGAACAGCAUAAAGUUUCAUACAAAACUAUGUUACUCAGCAAAUCAUCAUUUGAAUUGUAAGUUCUUCUCAGAUAUCGGUGAUUCAUUUGACAGAUAAGACUAAUAGCCUUCGCUGUAUCUUUUAAUGACUUCUUCAGCUGAAAGUUUGGGUUGAUACUGGAAUGUUGUGUAAACUCAUCAAGUGGCACGCUGUGUGACAAGACAGGUUGUGUUGAUAUGUUCAUGUUGUCUAAGUACAGUAGGAUAGUGCUGAGCCACAUGACAUCCUUGGAUUAGCACUUUGCUGAGACUGCUGGACAAACUCAAAUCAAUGCUAGCAAGCAUGCAACUGUAUGUGUGUGCAAUUGCUUGCAUGGGUAUAUUUAUAGUCAUUUGUAUCCAUUUCCUCUCCUGGCUGAAUACUUUAAUGUACCUUCUUGUUGACAGCACCUUGUAAAUAUUAAAAAAAAAUAAGAAUGAAUUAUGCAAACCAUAUGUCAAUUUUUCAUAAAAUCUAUUAUUUGUAAGUAAAUCAAAUUCUUUUCCAUUUAUUUUAAUGUUUCACAUUCACUUAUUCUUUUUUAUGUAUAAAUAACAUGAAGAAACAAUUGUUAAAAAAAGAAAACACUUGGUCUCGAAAUAGGCUGAGAAUAUUUCUAGAAACUUAAGGUAAAUGUGUUAAUUUUUUAAGGAGAAGUGCAGUCCUUGUGUGAAUAGUGUUCGUACAAUGGUACAGUUUAUUAGUUUCUUGCUGAGAAGUGUAAAAAAAAAAGUGAUAUUUUCUGAUGACAUUCACCAUAGAAAAAUAAACACAGUUUUAUCUCUGUAGGCAAAUGAAAAUUAUGUUUCUGCUUCUAAUUGAAAAGCUCCAGUCACAAAAUUGUUUAUAUUGAAGUAGAUUUUGCAUUCCAAAUGUUUUUGUUAUCCUUAUUGCUGAAGAUUCUUUUGCCAGCUUUGAUAGUGGAAAACAAUAUGGUGUGAAAGUGUGAAGCAUGAAAUGUGAUUUAGUGUACAAAUUUUAUUCUCUUCUAAUGGGUGAGACUAAAUGGUUGCUGCAAAUUAGUCUUUGGACUGCCUGAUUAGUUGUGAUAUCCAGUCUUGCAGGGCUGACUGAUAAGUACCAAAUUUGUGAGCACGGCAAAUGAUUGUUUGAUUCAUGUAUUGCGUGAAUAAAUAGAUGGACACCUCUGUUAUGCUCUUAGGAAUGAAGAGUCCAUCUGUUUAUUCAGCAUGGGUAAAUGUAUUUUUAUAUGUCGACCUUAAAUACAAGAAAUGGUUCAUGCCAAGCAAUUAUGAACAAGAGCAUUCGUCAUUUCCUCAUUUUUUAACACAUUAAAUGUUCAGAUACGACUGAGGAUGGAACAGCUUAAAAAAGAAGACUAAUCAUUUUAAGGUGGUUUUAUUUUGACAUAUCAAUCAUUGGAAACAUUUGAACUGCAGAAGCACAGCCAAACAAAAGCUUAGGUCUACAUGCCAAUAAACAACAUAUAAAAAUAUCACAAUGUUGAAGUUGCUGUGAACAAACGUCCAUUCCAUAUGUACUUCUAGGAUUCCUCCAAUGGUACAUCAAUUCAAGUAGAGGAAAAACAUUCCCAACAGGGUAAUGAAUAAGAGACAGUACCUUAAUUCUCGUUCUUUAGCGAAGUAUGUAGAUCAUGUUAUGCUACAUGUAAACUAAGAACUCUCCCACAUUAAGGCACUAAGGCUCUACAUAUUCAGUGAAAAAUUUACCACACACGUAGUGAUUCACGUGUCCAAUAAGGCAUAGAUGAGGGCUUCACCCCGUCGGACCACUUCUUCAAGACGUUCACCUGCUUCACGGUUAUCCUGUUCCAAUCGCCGUAAACUCUGAACCUUGAAAAAAGGCAAAAUACACACUACUUGCUUCUGAUCAACAUAUUUGUCACAAAGCCUGUAUACUGAGAAACUCGCUCUGUGGCACAAUCAGUAUUGCGCCAUGCGCGUGCUGGUAGAUUUUGGAUAGUGAGCGAGCCUACGCAGAAGUUCUCAGAUUUUGCCGGUAGGUGUCGCAGCUAUCGCCCUACCAGCAUUUCGUUUCCGGAUCCUCUUCCAAUACGUAUUGGGGUAGCUUCAGCGUCGGUUGCGUGUGCACGUUUCGUGUCUUACGACUUAAAGAAUGCGUUACGUGGCCGCAUACCUCCUUGCUGCCCUUGGGGGUAAGGACAACCCAUCGUCGGCUGAUAUUGAGAAGAUCCUCAGUUCAGUUGGUAUAGAAGCUGAUGGUGAAAGACUGAAGAAAGUCAUUGGAGAACUCAAUGGCAAGAACCUAGAGGACCUUAUAUCUAAAGGUCGAGAGAAAUUGGCAUCUAUGCCUGCUGGUGGUGCUGUUGCCGCAGCAGCUCCAGCUGGUGGUGCAGCACCAGCUGCCGCUGGUGGAUCUCCUGCAAAGGAGGAGAAGAAGCCAGAAAAGAAGGAAGAAUCGGAGUCUGAAGAUGAUGAUAUGGGCUUCGGCUUAUUUGAUUAAAGAAUUUGUUGCUGCAGAAACCAGUCUGAAGAUAAUGGGCUUCAAUGUAUUUGACUAAAGCAUUUGUUGCUGGUAUGUCAUUUACCAAAGAUGAAAAGAUGUAAAUGUUGGUCAAUAAAAGAAUUAAAACCUCUGUGCAAACUUUUGAAAUGUUAAUACCCAGCAAAUAUUCUCCAUAGCAUUCCAGGAACUAGAAACAGACCAAAUUGUUCAACUUUUAUUUUAUAUAAAUAAAAACUAUUUGAACCUAAACUUGUUUUGU